AUGUUCUCUCCGGCCCCAUCCCCCCCCGAGCUCGGCCGCUUGACCGGACUCGUCGACCUCUCCCUCUCCUCCAACGGCCUCUCCGGCCCCACCCCCCCCGAGCUUGUCAGCCUGACCAGACUCAGGUUCCUGCAACUCCACGAUAAUGCCCUCUCCGGCCUGGUUCCCCCCGAGCUCGGCAGACUGUCGCGCCUCACCGUCCUCGAUCUCUCCUACAACGAGCUUUCCGGCCCCAUCCCCGCCAUGCUCGGCAGCCUGACCGACCUCUACUUAUUCAACCUCAGUUUCACAGACACAUCUUGCGAAGUGCUCGACAUGUCUCGUCUGAAGAAGGUCUCGAGACUAGGCCUCCCUUGCUCGCCACCCCCUUCUUUCAAGCACAACAAUCUGACCUACGUGGCGCUAUCCGUGAGCAACAACAUUCCCACCAGACACCUGGAUCUCUCGUCGGUGCCAGACUCCUGCAAGAUCGUCAACCUGACGGGCUCGCACCCGGAUCUCGAGAGCAUCCGGUUCUGGGGAGCCUGCGACGAAGGCUGCGUCGUGAGCUUGGCGGGCACGGGGGCCAGAUUGGGUCGCAGAACGCGCAGACAGGUGUGCUUGAGUCGGAUAUCGGUCUUCCUCUCGGGGGACAUUCCCUUCCCCCUGUAUAAUGACGAGAGCAGAUUCUUGGGCGUUCUCAGCAACGCGCACGGGAACUACACCUUGGCGGACCCGGACUUUGUGGAUCUGAUCGACCUGGGGCGCGACGGGAGGGCGUACACGGGGGUCGGGUUCUCGAGGGUCCAGGCGGGCAAUCUCUGCGGCAAUCCCGAGGCGAAGGUGGUCACGGCGCUCGUCUUCGGGGUAUUCGCCGUCCUCUCGCUGGUGGCGACCAUCUCCAUCGUUGCGGUGGCCCGCUGGCGCCGUCGAGUCCGGGGUAUAGGACUCGAGACUGCAGUUGGGGGGCGACUCGGGUUCAAACGUGCUGGACUCUACAUCUGGGGAGCUGCACUGGGCGUUUAA